CAAUGUUCCAUAAUAUGUCAUGACAUACAUUUUUAACCCUUAAAGUGAUCUCUUAAUUUUAAAACAGCCCAUGGGCAUAUUUGCCAUCCUUGAAGAGGAGUGCAUGUUCCCCAAGGCCUUUGACGCCACUUUCAAGAACAAGCUGUAUGACCAGCAUCUUGGAAAGAACCAAGCCUUUGAGAAGCCCAAUUCUGCUAAAGGCAAAGCUGAGGGUCACUUCUUCCUGGGGCACUAUGCUGGCACUGUGGACUACAAUGUAAUUGGUUGGCUGGACAAGAACAAGGAUCCACUGAAUGAGUCUGUUGUGCAGUUUUACCAGAAGUCAGCAGUCAAACUGCUGCCUAUUGUGUACUCACCUGCUGUUGAGGAGAGUGGUGGUGGUAAGAAGGGUGAUAAGAAGAAGGGUGGCUCCAUGCAGACUGUGUCCUCACAGUUCAGGGAGAACUUGGGUAAAACGGAGGUUGAUGAAUGUCACGUCUGUGCUGAACCC